AUGCCCAUGCUGGUAAUCUCCGCGACAACUACGACCACAUCCACGUCCAUGUUGGUGCCUCCAUUCUCUGCCGUUUUCAGGAGCGCAGUGGAUGCAAUCUCCGUGGCAACUACGACAACAUCCAUGCCGGUGUUGGUGCCUCCAUACCCGCCUCCUGCCGUUUUAAGCAUCGCGGGGCGUGGUGCUGCCACAACCACAUCUGCACCCACAUCCAGGGCAGCCGCCGCGAAUGAGGCUUUGGCCAAGUUUUUGAAGCAUUGGUCACCCAGCAUCCAGCUUCAACACCACAAUUUGCAUGCUGAGAACAUGUCAAGAUACAAUGUUACUUGCGUGCCAAAGGUUUGGUUGAUACUUUCUGGGCUAUAUCGGUCCCUGAAGUACGUGCGACCCACGAUGCUGGACAUGCUUCGUCGCUCAGCAGGAGACUGUUGGUUUGUCACAUUGCUCUCAUCUUCCAAAGAAAGCCAAAGCCAACCACUGGAGCUAUUGGAAGAUGACUUUCGUUUUUUCGAAGGUCGCCUCGGCUUUAUGUCAAUCACUCGACACGGCCUUGCUCUCGAAAAGUGGUACAACUAUCCUAUCCAUUGGUAUGGCUGCUGGCUUAUUGCCCACGUCAUUCGAGAGACCUUGCCGCAGACUGCGAUGGAUGCUAGUAGAACGAUUGUCCUACGCCACCGCCCAGACGAAUGCUUCCGGCAUUGCUUUGAUGUGGAUGCGGCCGGACGCGUUUUUGCGCGGCAUAAGUACAUGAUUCUUGGACAGCCGGUUUCUGCCGACAACGGGCUUACCACAAAUUGGGCAACAUAUGCGGACAUCAUUGCAGCUGGGCUGAGGCAAAGCCCCACGACUCGACCCUUGAUCCUCCAGCCGGACAAGCAUUAUGACCUCUACCACGCUGCCUGGAGUAGCAGUUGGAGUAGGUCGGAGUUCUGCCACGGCAUGCUGCACCCUGAUGUUUGUCUGGGCACAGUUCCAUAUUGCCUCAUGAACAACAAUACCCUACCAUGCCGCCCUCCGCUCUUCUUAAGUUGGCAGCAGCAUUGUCUUUGCCGUCUGAAGCAGCCAGGGACAGGAAACGAGUCUGCGUGGUGCAUAGACAGCAAUCCUCCCGGCGAGCCGCUGAAAGAGACGUGCCUUGACAUCACCAAAGACACGAAGUGUAUCCUUCCGAUGAAGUUGUGGAGAUCCCUGCCGGAGAAGUUGCUUCCACCACUGGAGCAGCUGAAAGGCGGAUUGAUUCAUCAUGGCAACAUAGACUACAUGAAGCCCGACAAAGGCUUCCUGGAAUGUAAAUCAGGUAGAGACUUGUGA